AUGGCCUCCGAUCAACCGAGCCAAGAACUUUCGCAAGGCCAACACUUGUUCGUCAGAGCAGAUGAAGUCGACUCCGGCACCACGAUAUUAUCACCCGGGAAAGAGCUGCCCUUGAGUGCGCUGAGCCCUUCCGAUCCGACACCUGUAGGAAGAAGACCCAAGGCUCCGCCUCGCCCAGGUCUACGACGUGAAGACUCAGCACCACCUCCGCCUCCACCUUCGCAACCGCCUCCUGCCCCUCCAACACAAACAGAUCCCACAGAUUCUCUCAGCCUUCCACAGCUGCGGCAAUUAGUGAGCCAAUUCCCUAAAAUCGAGCAGCAAGCAUACGCUUUCCAAUAUAGUGAUGCCGAGGACUACGAGCCAGAAGUCGACGAGUGGUUCCACUACACGGAGCUAGAACAGGACCGUGACUAUCUUCUGGUGUCUCGGGAGUCAUUCGAGCAGCGAUGGAAACAGUUCUCUCAAGAACAUGAUCUAUCGGAUGACUUGACGUGGAUUACGGUGAGUCCCGACGAUCGCCAGCUUUUCUUGUCGGAAAUCCGCAAGGACUUGGCACAGACAUCUUACGAUGACCGCCUUGACGCUCUAUGCUGUAUAUUCUACAUUCUGACCGGUGUCUGGAGCGUGACAUCUGGCCUGGAACCGAAGCGUCCCGCUAGGGAAAAUGAGGAUUCACCAAAACUCGAGGAUGACCGACCUAAUCUUGUUCAAGUGCAGUGGAUGCACAAAGGCGCGGACGAGAUUCAGCAAAGUGGGAUCAUACCUGAUAUCUACGCUUGCUUAAUCAAUGCGGCGAAGGCUCCUGAUUACCAUCGUGUACAGCAGGACGACGCGGAUGAUCUUGGUGAUGGCGCCUUUGGAGAGGCCGAGUAUAGAGAACUCAGUCUCUGUCUCUCACCGUUCUAUCUGCUGGUUGAAUCUGCCAGGGUACGGAUUAAUGGUGAUGCUGGGAAAGCGAUACGACGAUCGAUUGCUUCGUUAGAGCCCAGUUUCCUCGUCUUUCUUACUAGCAUCAUUUCACGGCUGAGAUGGGACGAAUCAUACAACAUACCUCUCAUGCAUGCCCUACAACUGUUCUGGAAGUCGAUCCUAGUACUGUUUGGGGACCUGAAAGAACAUUUGGGAAGGAUAAAAAGCAUUCUACAGCCACGAGUCGAUCCAUUCUCGGCGGAUGCUGCACACCCCGUUCUGACGGCCUCUCCACUAGACUACCAUCAAUUUCGACAGGAAAUCACCUCGAAGUAUCCUUCGUACAACCCCCCGCUACCCUUGAUUCCUCUCGAGACGGAACAGAAAACAAUGCUUCCGCCGUUGCCGCCACAAAGCCGAGCUGAUUCCGUGGCCCAAGCCUAUUCUCAACCUGGAAAUGCUACGCGUGGCUCGAUCUUUCACCAGCCCGUCCACAUCGCCACUCCAGCCCCUUCACCGCCCCCUUCGCCCGUUGGACCAGGUGGCAAGGCAGGCAAAAAGCAGAAUUACCAGACGAACCAGAAUUUCCCUUUCCUCUAUCCUCCGCUCGACAGCUCUAGCAAUUCAAUCGGCGGCAAGGGGUCGACUGAGAUGCAAGAUCUGAUGGUCGGGAAGCAGUGGGAAGGCAGCGAUAUCCCUCUUUCAAUCAUUGAAGCUGGGGAGCUGUUUGCGAGUCGAAUGAGGAUGACGAGAGCCAUGCGCCAGCUAUGGAAGGAGCGAGAUCUCUUUAUGAAAUAUGAAAGAGGUUGGCGUGCUGAUAAGUUCGGAUCAACUGACGAGAGCAGCGAAGAUGCGCAAGAAGAAAAUGAAUUGGACAGCCUAGACCCUGACCUACGGGCUCGCAUGGAGGCUGUCGAAGAGUUUUUCCAACAAGCUCUGCCCGACCUCCAGUCUCUAGUCAUAGUCAUGAUGAAGGUCAUGUUGACUAAUGUCCAGGAUAUUGCCGUGCGAAAUGGUGGUAUUCAAGAUACAUCUCAGACAGGUGGACUCAGCCGUUCUAAGUCGAACUCUAAUAUGGCUCAGACUCAGGGGCUACCUAUGCCGCCGCCUCCGCCACGCCCGGCGGAGAUGACCUUGGAAGAUCUCGAUAACGUCAGAUCUCGAGAGAUCAGUCAGAAAGCGGUGUCUGGAGCAAUAUUCUUGCUUCUAAAGUGGCUGAAAGCGUCGCACAUCUUGAAGUUUGAAUACAUGACACAACUGUUGUUGGACUCUAACUACAUACAGCUGACGCUGAAGUACUUUGCCCACCAAAACUUGGAAGACCUCGUGGCAUUCAAAUACGAUCGAGAUGAUCUGAGCGUGUGGCACUACUGUCACGCACAUUCCGACCAUCCGCCACUGUCCCCCACCAGUCCAGGGGAAAGGUCAGAGACUUCAAGUAUCGACGAGGCUGAGCCACCGCCAAUUCCUCGCCAAAGGAAGUCGCCCAUCCCAAAUCCCGAUGGCCAAUUUAGAGAACCUGAUCCUUCUCAAGGACUGGACGCCCCAAAUCGUCCGUCGGUUGACGAACUCGGCAAUCCGCUAGGGCCCGUUCCCUCACAACCAAUCACUACAUAUUCAUUUCGCCAGUUCCAGACUGCCAUCCACCUUCUUCGCAUAUUACAAAAGCUCACUCGAGGCAAGUCUCACCGAAUUCUAUUCCUUGUCACAUUCAAGUCUUCUCAGAUUUUAAGGCGAGUCCUCCGUGUGCCUGAUCCAACAUUGCGCCUGUACGUAUUGAAAUUGUUCAAGUCACAAGUCCCUUACUGCGGGCGGAAAUGGAGGCAGAGCAACAUGCGUGUCAUCACAGCCAUCUAUCUACAUUGUCGACCGGAGUUGAGGGAUGAGUGGCUUGCAGGGAUGCACGAUGCUAGUGUCGAAGGCGAGGUCGACGAGGCCGUGCCACUAGAAUGGGCCCUGAGAGGUUUGACCUUCUGGUGGCAAAGACGUAGGUACCCUGGCGUCAUGAGGAAAGGCAAGCAGGGUACGGUGCCCAACGGUAGGGGUAAGACCAAAGACCACGAGGAUGACGAUGACGUUGGUGAAGACGAAGAUGAAUACGAAGGUGGCCAAGGGAUUGACGACGAAGAACGUGACUUCUUCCGCCGUGAGCUGGAUGCGAUAGGAUGGGGCCUAGCGGGCGUCCGGAUCGGCGACGGCACAGAAGAUGUUGCGUUCGGCGAGGAGGCUAUCGGUGUCAAUGGCGGAACCAACUAUGUCUCUACCAAUGGUGCAGGUGGCAGCAUGGGACUCGAUCAGAGCGGGGUGCAGCAGACGCAAGGCCCGGUUCCAGCGGCACAGCCUCAAUGGAUUACGCCUGAUGCGACAAGCAUUGAAAACUGGCAAAACAGUUAG